GUGCCAGAAUUGAAAAUUUUAGAAACUUGAGUGACCUACCCACCAGACACCAGAUAUAUAUAUAGAGACACAGAAAACACACCUACCCACAAUCACCGCUCUUCUUUUUCUCGAUAUCUCCGUCGCUGACUGUCAUCUACUCUUUCUUCAUCGGAAAAAGCUUAUUGUAUGGCCGCCAAUUCGCAUAGCCGGAGCAUCGUAAGCUUGGGGAAGCGAUUCGUCAGCCAGAUCCGGACCUCAUCUGCUCGUGAUCCACCUCUCAUUCUCAGGAGGGCCGUGCAUGUAUCGGUCUACGACAAGAACAUAGACGAUCAGGUACGUCCAACACUGGUCCCAGAGGAAGCAAUUACUCGAGCCGAACCCGAAAAGUACUGGGCACCACACCCAAAGACAGGGGUCUUUGGACCUGCAGAUGAGGCUGCCGCUGCGUCGGAACCCGGUGCAACGGAUGCAAGCUCCGGUUCGGUGUUGGAGGAGAAGGCCUUCUUCCGUCCACUGGAGAACUUGGAGAAACCUGCUCACCCGUGAGAAGUACCACCAUAUCUGACUUCCUGGGUUCCGGUAGCGUGAUCUGUGGAGGUCAGUCUACGAUAUGAAUAGUAGUUUAUAUAAGGACUGGUGGUGGUAUGUGGGUUUGUUAUAUAUGUAUGUAGUAAGAAUAAAGGGUGGUGGUGGUGGUGGUGGUGGUGGUGGUGGUGUAAGACACUGGUUAUUGUUAGUGGGUAUGUAGGUAUAACACCAUGGAGCAUGAAAUAUGUAUGUAUGUUGUGGAAAUUUCUAUAAAAGUAGUUCCUUUUAUAAA